AAACUAGUUUGUCAUUCACUCCGGCGAUACCGGAAGAACAUAGGAAGUAGUUCAAGUUCGUCUGAGUGUUGCAAGUUAUCAAAGAUUGCUUAGUGUGCAGAGUUUGUCACAAUGUUGGAUUAUUACUACAUCAUCAUCGUGAUUCUGGUGUUCCUCAAGGUGAUCUUUUGGACAUUUUACUUCUACAUUCGAGCACAGAGACUCCGUGCAGCCAGAGUGCAAAGACAGUUUGUUAUUGUUGACACAAGACAGAUGCCACCAGGCUACAAUGACCGAUCCGCCAUUGUUCAACAUGAGGUUCUGCCUGACACCUGUCCAGGCUUGCCACCCCAGUACUCAGGUGCUGGAUCCCAGUUUCCAGGAGGGCCCCCACCGUAUGAAGAAACCCAGCACAGCCAGCCCAACAAGCCCCCGAGUUAUGAACAGGCUGUAUCAGGCUACGCUCCCCCUGCCCCAACUCAACCAGUGAGCCAGACCCAGAACCCCGCACCAAUGCCGGUUGUCUAUGUAGAGACUGGUAUCUCCAACACAUCACAAAGCAUUGGUGUUCAAGGACCAUAAACAGCUUGUCUGUGAUGUCAUCAACAAACAAGGCUUUUCGUUACCAUAAUUUGCGAUGUUAUCAAUCCAAGCAACACAGACCACACUGUCAAAAUAUUUGAUGGUUUGAGGAGUUUUGCUAACCAUUGCUUUGAGUUGUUCAAAACAAAAACAUUUGUAUGGCUCAAUAGGAUUUGAUUUGAUUUUAUUUGAAGUUAUCCGAGUCAGUUACACGACUCAAAGUUAAUUCACUCUUCACUGAAUACAAUGAGUCAAAUCAUUAUUGUAACAUUGUAUAAAGUACAAGAACUUCAAUAUUGUUGCAGGAAAAUUAGUAUUUUAUUUCUUGAAAGGGUUCACUUACGUUAAUAAGGUUUUGCAGUUGACAGAGACUUGCAAUGUGUUUGAUCAGUUACUUUUCAAAAAGUUGAACAGGCAACUAAGUUUUGCAUAAUGUUAGUUCUUUCUCUUUUCUAAUAUUCAUUCAUGUAAAUAUGUAUUUUAGUUAGAUUCAUUUGCUUUUCUGAAUUUGUUUUUUAAUGAAACCAAAAACCAAGGACUAAAAAUAGUGUUUCCGACUUGUGUGAUGCAUAAUGUUAUGGUCUUUCAAAGUGAAUGUGAUGUGAUGCUAUUGACUCAAUUUUAGUAAUAUACGUUUUGCUAAUUACAGUGGUGUAUCAUUGGAUAAUUCGUUUUCGGACACCAGACAUUUUCGGAUGGUAGUGCUUACUUAAGCUAUAAAGACGGGGUGUUGCGUCGAUAGACACAGACAUUGUAAAUUCUUUAAUGUUUCUGUUUGGGAUAAAAUUACCUUUUAAAGUUUGUGACAUGUUUUACAAUUUUGCAUGCGAUAAUCGAGACAACACAUGUUCUUAAGUGUUCGAAAACCAAUAACAUGAGAAUAAUGCAUAUUGGAAGAAAGAAAAGACAUAACAAGGACGCAUUGUUCUCUUUGCAAAGCAGGCAGUGUCCAGGUAAUACAUGUGACAUGAGCAAAUAAAUAUAACAUGAGAGUGAUUGUAGUUUUGUCCUGUGAUGAUUGCUGUAUAUACAUGUAUUUUAGGUUGAAACAUUGUUUUAAGUGCCAUUUUAUGUUACCUAGAACAUUCCUAUUGGCUCUAAAAAGUAUAAAAAGGUUGUGAGAUUGCACCAGAUUUUACCACUGAUGUGUGUACAAUGUAUUUGCAAGACACUGUUUUACUUACCAGGAGAGGAGAAUGUGUGCAGCCUCAAAAAUUUGUCUUAUUUUCAAGUUUGGUCCUGAAAAUUGAAGCUAGUCCUGGUUGAUCAAGGCAAAGCUGUUUAUUCUAUACCAUGAGUUUUAUUCAGUUCCAAUUUGUUGCAACAUUUAAGCAUUUAGAACUGUUAUUGUAUAGACCUCAAUAGCUACUCACCAGAUAAUACAAUUAUCAUUGGUUUUUCACUUGUCCUGAGCACAAGUUAGUAGUCAUGGGCAAGCAGGCUAGCGUCAAUUUUAAAGGCUGAUUUUGUAUUAAGUAGCUCAAGUCGCGACAGUAUGUGCAUCCUUUGUCUUCAUUUGAAGAACUCUUUUAAUUCCUGAAAUACCAGGAGACUGUUUUUAAGAAAAAGAGAGAGGAAAACUUCAAGAUACAAUGCUGUGAAAUGCUGUUCACAAAUAUUUCUUUAAUAUCAGCAUUCAGUUUAAUGCUUUCAAGGAUUGUGUUUUGCCAGUCUUUCAAUCCUUAUUCGUACAACAUACUUGAAACACAGACUCGAUUAUUUACAGACGGCCGCCAAAUAGCUGGAAUAUUGCUGAGAGCGGCAUAAAACAACAAGCAAUAGCAAACCAACUUGAAACACAGGGCUAAGUCAUCUUCCAGCCUUGGUGUCUGUGGUACAUUUACCUUAAGUCAAAUAGAAGAAGCACCAAGAUUCUUUGUAGAACCAUGCCAUGGCUGCUUUGGUAAGAGAACUUCUUUUUGAGACAUGUUACUUUUCCAGGGUAGUUGUGACUGGAAAUUUGUUUUUCUUUCAUUGUUGCUUGUCAUUAAAUAAUACUCCAAAGAUGAUUGCGUGAUCAUGUAUUUUUUAAAUGUAUUUUGUAUGCAUUGUGUAGGUGUUCCUGGUUAUAAAUGAAAUCUAACUGGUAUGUAAAGUGUUUUGUCGGUGGCUACAAAUACCUAUUCUAUUAACACACUUGUGUUUAUUUACCCAACAUCAGUAUAUGAAACACAGAAUCUAUAGUCACAUAUAUCCCAGACAUGUUGUGUGUAAAUAGAGUUAAAACAGACCAACUGGAGAUAUAUUUAUCACAUACCUGCAUACCAGUCACCUGUCUCCCUUGACACUGCACCCACUAUUGUCCUUUAUAUACUACUCAAAAGAAAUUAGGGGCGGUGGGGUAGCCUAGUGGUUAAGCGUUCGCUCGUCAUGCCGACAACCCAGGUGCGAUUCCCCACAUGGGUACAAUGUGUGAAACCCAUUUCUGGUGUCCCCCAGCCGUGAUAUUGCUGGAAUAUUGCUAAAAGUGGCAUAAAACUAAAUUCACUCACUCACUCAAAAGAAAUUAACACACCCUCAUUCCUUCAUUUUAGUUCACGUGAUGGAUUAACUAUUGUCAUUAAUUGUCUGUCAUUUUGGAUAUGUUUUGAAUACAUUAUCCACAGCAUGAUUCUGAAAUGCAUCAAUAAAGGUAGGUUAACUAUGGUCAUAUGUACGAAUUGCUUACUCUUUAACUUGUUUUGAACGAUAGGCUUCUUUAACUUGUUCUGAGCGAUAGGCUUCUUUAAUUUGUUUUGAGCGAUAGGCUUCUUUAAUUUGUUUUGAGUGAUAGGCUUCUUAACAGAAAUAUACAUCUACAAGGUAAGGGUUUCCACAUCAUGUUCUUCUCAAAAGAAGUUAAGGACCAUCAGAUGGCUCUUAACUUCUUUGAGUGGUAUGUAUGAUGCCCUGAGUUUACCCAGCUCAUCCACAGCUCUGAUAGUUAUCUAGCAGUGCACUGAGUCAGGUGGUGAGAUUUAAUGAAGCAUUAUCAGUCCAUUAUUUUUCCUUAGGUCUUUAAAUAUCUAUACUAGUUCCCAACUGACAACUUACAAUUUCCCACCUCUGCUUAUUGCAAUAAUAACCCAUCCUUUACUUUUGCAAACAUUGCAUUUAUUAUGCCAACAACUUUGACCAAUGCUGCAAUAUCUUUUUAAACUUAACUGACAUAACUGCAUUGAAUGCAAUGCUACAUAUUUAUGAACAUAUGUUUCCCAGGCAUGGGCGUCCCCAUGUCAGUCAUUACGAUUCUAGGGACCAUUAAGAAAUACUCUUGUACUGAAUGGUGUGUUGAUUGAUUGCUUCAUUGGUGAUAGCAUUGUGUCUUUGUUAAUAUCUGGCUGUAUUAUGCAUUUGGCUGUUGAAGUGUACUAUUAUCCAGUGCCUUAAUUGUUUCAGUAUCUAUUGUGGGAGCUUAGGAACCGUUCAUAAUUUAUGGCUGAGGGGGUUGAUGAUGAUUUUUAUGGUGAAGGAAGUACAAUGUGAAUGACAACACCCACCCUACCCCACCCCAAAAU